AUGAUCUGCAAAGGCAGACAAUCAAUUGUGUGCCAGGAUAAUAAGGGUAUCAUACAAACUGUCAAGGCCAGAAUCAUAUUGUGUCCACUAGUAAGUUCCUUGCUGAAUUCAAGUACGUCCCCAGCUCUGUUAGAAGUGGCCAAACCUGAGGAACUUGAGGAGGAAGCUAAGGAUAGAGAAAAUAAUGUGACUGCAGCAAUUCAACUGAUGAAUACAGAAAUUUGUACAAAACUACAGGGGCAGGACCCCUCAAAACAACAGGAACUUGAUAAUUUAGUCAGUGAAAUAAUUGGCAAACUAAAAGCUGCUGAAGAUGAAAAGCUAGCCUUGGAAGCUGAACAGAGAGAAAGCACAGAGGAAACGAAUGAGUCAGAUAAAAAGCCAAGCAGCGGACUUAGCAAGGGAGAUAAACCAAAAUCUGGAAAGGUGUCUCCUAUGGCAGAGAGUAGGGCAGCCAGCAAACUGGGUACAGGAUUGCCCACAAUAGGGGGUAAAGGUGGAAAGGGAGGUGCUCCUGUUGUGGUUGUGCCUGAUGAACCCAGUGAGAAGAUGAUUUGUGGAAGCUGCUGUUUAAGUGCUACCAGUCAGGCGGUCUGCAUUGCAGGGGCACAAACCUCAGAUGUAUCAUUGUUUGAACACAUUGGUGCCCUACGAUUUGGUCAGUCACCAAAACAGUUCAGAAUGCCCCUUCCAAUGGUAACAAUAUUCCAGAGUGGCCGUUCAGCUCCAGGAAAAUCUUCCUGUAUUAAAGAAUACAUGUUGGUACCUAGACCUGGAAAGCCUUUGAAUGAGACCAUUCCACAGAUUGUUGCUGUUUACAAUGACAUUGUCAAAUCUAUUGUCAACAAAAAUGGGGUACCUUCAAAUAAAAAGCCUGAGAGGGUUGCUGCUAAAAAUGUCACUGACACUGGAGCACUGAUGAUGACUUUUGACCGCCCAGAGCAGGGACUGGACCUGAUCCAGGAAUCCAUGGGUCGAUUAGGUUUAACUCCUGGUGAGGAUCUGUACAUGGCUCUUAAUCUUGCUGGCCAUGAAAUAUUUGACUAUGACACAGGUGGAUCAAAAGAGAAAGUGUCACAGAGUUUUCCUUUUGCUGACAAACAGCUGGCAGAAAAGGGAAAGUAUGAGCUUAUCACAGGUCAGCAGAAAUUGGCAGAUGAUAUGGUUGAUUUCUGGACAGAGUUUUUAGGCCGGUACCCAGCAGUUAUAGCUAUCAUAGAUCCACUCAGAAAACAGGAAGACAAGCAGUGGAUGGCAUUAUGUGAAAAAAUAUCCGAAAAAUGUUAUAUCCUUGGAGAGAAAGUUUGGCACAGACCUGGUCUGUUGAAGGAUGAAGAACUCUCAGAAACAUUCAAAAGCAGUGGUGUUGUUUAUAAACUGGAACAAAUGAAUACUGUGUCAGAUGUGUUACAGUGUGCUAAGAAAAUGGAAGACAAUGCCCAUGAAACUGUGUUGUCAACCAAUGUUGGCGAAACUCCAGAAGAUUUUCUAGCUGAUAUGGCUGUUGGCAUGAAUGCCCGUUUUCUGAAGGUAGGAGCUCCAUGUCGUGGUGAACGAGUCUCCAAACUGAAUAGACUGAUGUCAAUAGAAGUCUGUUUAAAAGACACUGACCGACUUCUUCCACAUGGAGAAUUCAAAUUCCCUACAAUAAUAGUUCCACCUCCUCCUGAGGAAGAGGGCGGAGAAGGUGAAGAAACAGAAACAGAAGUUAAAGAAUCUCCGGGCAGGAAGAAGUGAACAGGAGGAUAAUAGAAACUAAAUGAAAGUCAGAUUGCUAGAGCAUGUGGUAUUUUGACAAAUAAUUGACUGAAUGCUGCCAGUCUUAUGUUCCUAUUGGUUUAGACUACAGGCAGAGUUUAUGUCCUAGGGAAACAUUUUUCUGAUAUAAAAAUUAUGUUGUGACUGAAUAUAUCCCAAAGACCCAUUAUAUUGAAUAAUGAUAAUAGUAACUGGUAGCCUGUAGGAUAGGCAUGGGUAUUUUUUUGGUCUGUGAUAUCUUUUUGUUUUACAUUUAAUAUUGCAUUAAAGUCUGUUAUAAAACCUCUCAUGAUAGUGUCAAUGGAAUUCAUGUGAAAAUUGCUUUAUGUGCGAUUUAUGUGUGAUAUACAUUUAUUUGUGAACAUGACACUGCAUAUGUGACCUUCUGGGCAUACACAUAAAUUGCAGAUAAUUCUUCAUUGGGAUAAAUAUUUAUAUGAUAUAUUAUAUGAAUUUUGUUAAUGUACAAGAAAAUGUUUUAUCAUGGUACAACUAAUUUUAGUUCAAAUGUUGUUUUUUUACAAGUGUCAUUAAUGUCAUGUGUUUUGCUGUCCAGCAGGUAAAACCUCUUUCUGACAAAGAAAGUAGCCUCCCAUGUAGUACCGGCAUGGUAUUAGGGGCAUACACAUAGGCAGAGCUCAUGAACAUCGGUACAAAUGGAUGCAAUACUAUAAAUAGAAGUUACAAACAUGCAAUGAAAGCUUCUGCCGUAGAAGCUACAACUAAGGAGUUUGAAUUAGUUUUUCGCUCUUUAACCCCACCAUAUGCCUAUAUUACAAUACUGUAACUGCCAGGGGAAUCCCUUUCGUGUAACUGUAAACACAGAACACGUUGUGGGCUGAGCGCGAAACUAUUGCAUCUUAGUUUUGCGCUCCGUCCUCGAAACAUACUCUUGUAAAUAAAACCUAUGGAAUCGUAAACGUAUAUACUUGUAGGCUGCAUAAUUUGGAGCACAAAGAGAAAACGCAUUUUUGGUACGACGCAGCAGAACAGGGAAUGAGGUAGCGGCUGUGCGUUCUGAUUGGUCAGUCAUUUAAACAAACCCAAGAAGUGAUUAUUCUUUUCAAAAUGGAAUAUUUUUACUGCAUUUACAGUAUUUCAUCCUUUUUUUUUUACUACAUUUUGCUACAUUUUAUGUGUAUUAAAAAAGAGUUUCAUCAAAUGAAUUUCUCCCGCCAUGACAACGAUGUAAACGGGGUCAUCUUAUUCACACGAAAAUUACUUAAAGUCUAUUCAUAUGUUUUUCGUCCGAUAUUUUGGUGGAACUAAGAUAGUUCUUGGAAAAAAAUGUGAUUGGAUAUACGUUUCGAUUUAUGGAAGGCCGUACACACCAUAAUGUUAUAAUGGAAGUCUAUAGGAAAACAAUUGGUGUUCUCUAACCUUCAAAGGGAAGUGUACAGGACCUUAAUUAAAUGUAUUGAAUUGAGCUACCGUUCCUUACGUUUCAUUCUCUUCUGCAAUAAAACUCCUUAGUACUCGUAUUAAAUUGUCCUGUUAUGACAGUCGGCAGUUUUCGUGUGAAUGUGUACUUUGUAAGUAAUUUCGACAUUUUACGACUAAUGAUGUAGCGCGUACCAUUCGGGGAAUGUCAAAACAAAACAUUACGCAAGGAUAUUGCCUAUUAUGAUGACUGGUCCAAGAUCUUAAUUAUAAACCAGCCGUAUAAUGCAGUGAAUUGUUGAAUAAAGUUGUUUCAUGGUCAUAAUGGUACGUCCAACUUGGAAGCAUUCGGGCCGAUUUUGCCAUUCCAUCUGUGCAUAGAAAAUUAAAGAAGUUUUCUAUCACCUAGACAGUUUUAAUGAAGUCGUAUGGCAACUUCGAAAGUAAUGUUAGCAGACCUACUCCAGAACUACUUCAGACACGAGAUAGUGGGCGGGUACAACCUUAUUUCCGCAAGCAAGGUGGAGUCCGCCCGCUUGUAGAGAGAGAGCAGAUCUACGGAUUGAUGGUUGCGAAUUUGAUCCCUAAAGUGUAUUGUGUCUGAAAUAAUUCGUCCUCCACCGCUGAUUCAUAUACAUGUGGAAGUUUGCACUUACUUGCGAAGAACACUCUGGUACAGAAUCCAGGAACACUGGUUAGGUUUUUCAACAUUAUUUAGUUAUGUUAUGGCAGACAAUUAACAUAACUAGUGUUCCUGGAUUCUGUACGUACCAGUACAAACCUGUUCUCCGCAAGUAACUGCCAACUUCUGCACAGAGGUGGAGGACGAAUGAUUUCAAAUCAAAUCAUCGCGGAGAACAUACUGCCCGCCAUUACAUAACUGAAAUCUUGUUGAAAAAUUGGCGCUAACCCCAAAAGAAACCAACAAGCCAAAUGGAUAGUUUCUUUUAAAUUAACGAUAGAUUCAGGGAGGAUCAACACCAUAAGGCUUGAAAUAUAUAUAUUCAAAUAUAAGGCUAUGGAAGACCCCAUUUGACAUUGGAUAGGAAUGGUGUCGGUUAUUGUUGUGCAAAAAAAAAAGCACUCUAAAACUUGCUCUUUGAUCAAAAUGCAUUUCUGGACAUCUACAGUACACUUAUGUCAAACACCUAAGAAAUAACACAGCAACAACAUGAAGUUUUAAGAUUUUUUUAUUGAACAUGAUGAAUGUGGUAUUAGAAAACUCAUUUGUUAGUUAAAAACAAGGCAUGGACAAUUGUAUUUGCUUAUCUAAUUUACAUACAUCUAAAACCAUAAAUAAAGACUGUACUUAAAACCCUGUGUAUACUUAUAACUAAUUAUUCGACCAUAUGACAAGUUUGUUGACUGUAAUGACAUUUAAAAAAUAGAGAUGUUCAUAUAGAACUAUUAAAGACUUUAAAAUUUCGUAUAAAAAAUUGGAAGCGUGUCAUUCAAUUCGAUUUGGAGAAUGGGAGUUAGUACUAAAACUGAUAGAGCUAUGUUCUAAAAUGAAAUGUGAUUCAAACAAUGCGCUCUAUUCUGUAAUACAUUACGAUUCAGAAAAUGGAAGUAAGCACUAUAAAACUGAUCGCCCUUAUGUUUCAAAAUGACUUGUGAUUUAGAAAAUGUGCUAUGUUCUGCAAUACAUUGCGAUUCAGAAUAUGGAAGUAACUACUAAAACAGGUCAUGCUAUGUUCUGCAAUACAUUGCGAUUCAGAAAAUGGAAGUAACUACUAAAACAUGUCAAGCUAUGUUCUGCAAUACAUUGCGAUCCGGAAAAUGGAAGUAAGUACUAAAACAGGUCAUGUUCUACAAUACACUGCGAUCCAGAAAAUGGAAAUAAGAACAUUGGAUUUCGAUUUAGAAAAAGAAAGUAAGUACAAAAACAGAUCGGGUUGUAUUCCAAAAUGCAUUGCGAUCUAAAUUAUGGAAGUGGUGACUUUAUACAUUAUAAUUUGAUUCUUCUUCAAUGUAAAGGAUUGCAGAAGUCGAAUUAUGGAAAAUAAA